AUGACCAUGAGCAACGAUAUCGAGGAACAAACAGACAGACUUUGUCGAGCGAUCGCAUCGAGCGAUCUGCGUGCCGUUCAAGAAUGUCUCGACCAGGAGAAGACAGACGUCAAUCAUCGCCACUGCACCAAGCGAACACCGCUGCAAAUAGCCUGUGUGGCUUCUUCUCCAGGAACAGUCCAGUUGCUGGUCAACCAUGGGGCUAGAAUCACGGCGCGAACUCAGGAUGGCAACACCGCGUUGCAUUUGGCAGCCGCGCGGGGCAACACUGACAUUAUUCGUAUUAUUCUCGUCAAAAGCGAUCAGAAUAAAGAAAUCGCGCAACAAAAUGGGCUGUGGAUAUCGGAUUCACCAACGCCCGUUCAAUUUGGCGUUGAAAAUGACGGUUACAACAACCAAGAGGCGAGCGAUUCGGUUCCCCUGGUCAAUGUCAAGGUCGAUGAUGAGAAAGAUCUAGCGCCGAAUGGAAACUAUCUUGAUCAUCAGCAUAAUUCAGGCCUUGAUGUCGUGGAUCCUGAUGAUGUGUCUUGGGAGACCUUCAUGUCACCUUUGCAUGUUGCUAUUUUGCACGGGCAUGUGGAUGUCGUAAAAAGACUGGCGUCAUUUGGUGCAGACGUGAGGAUGCCUAUAAAGCAGUACGAGCGGGUUAGCCUCUUUGGUGCGUCCCCAUCAACACGGAAGCCGCAGGGUGCUGUUCUGUGUCUGGGAUUGGCGUUUUUUCUCGACCAACCCCUGGCACAUAAAAUGGCAAGAACAUUGCUUCAACUAGGCGCAUCCCCAGCCCUACCAGAUUUGUACCGCACAACGCCGCUGCACUAUGUUGCCGCCAUGAAAGAUACCAUCCCCUUGGAAGUAUCUCUCGAGACCAGUCGAGAGGACACGAUUCGAGCCAUGUCUCAAUUGUCGCUUACUGGUAAAUCUAUGGGUGUCAUAGGUGGAUCUACCACUUACUCGGCACUGACAACGGCCAUUUUCGCAGGGAACCCAGAUAGUGCUUUGGAAUUUCUGAAUGCGGGUGCAAAUCCUAUGAUUGAGCCUGUUGCUGUGGCUUCCACUCUCAAUUCAGCAUUUCCAGGUCGUCGGGCGAUGUUUUCGACCCCGAAACUACAUUACGAGAACGCAAAAGAUUUCCAAUUGACUCCCCAGCCACUUACGGCCGCAAUUAAAAAGGAGUAUCCUAUCCUGGCACUUCACGUUCUGGAUCAGGGAGCUGAUCCGGAUACUCAUAAGCACUGGUCGCAUGGCGGAGGCCUUUCUGUUCUUGACAUCACUCGACAGAAGAUAUGGGAUAUGCGCGAAUUUCUCUCACACUCUUGUACCCCAGAAAAGGACCCCCGACCCCCAACGCUAUUUCCCGAUCAUGAUGCGGACUUUUUGGAUGGACUUAAAAGUGGAUCAUAUCGAUUUUGGGCUACUGAUUUGACGCUGAGCAGAGCAAGACAGCAUUUUAACGGGCUGUAUGCCAACUACGAGGCCAAAGCGAACGAAAAUGUCAAUGUUGAAGGGAAAGAUGAAAAGCGCCGUAUUAUUGAAGAUCGACUCAUUGAAUUUGAGCUCUUGGAGCAAGAGCUGCUAAGUCGCAAAGCAAAAUUAUUCUGCGAGUUGCAUCCCGAGGAUCAGGAUUUUCGGAACAAGAAAAAGCCUGCUAAAUCGGAGCAAAGAAGGAGCUAUGAGCCAAUUUUGUUCUAUAAUUUUGAUAGGAAGACUGGGGACCAAUACAUAUCUUUAUUCGAAGCAGCCUGGACAGGUGACAUAAAUAUCAUCAAAGAUUUGGCGCUCAAUUGGCAAAAUGGAUCUGAGCAAGAGCCUCCUUUGAGCCUAGGUGAAAGGGACUGCCUUGGGUUUACCCCCCUUGAGUUAGCCAUCCUGCGUGGUCAUUGGGACAUCACGAACGAAAUAAUUGAUAUUCUCCACGCCCAACACAAGCCCUUCAAGCGGCAUUCACGGCAUUGUGGAUACAACUCGGAGGAUGAGGAUAUGCAAGAACCACCGGAGACGGAUGAUGACAAUGCCUCAUCUAGUGGUAGCGAUUGCGACGACGACUCUGACUCGGAGGGGAGAAGCGCCAAGAGACAAAAAAUGGAUGCAGUGAAAUAUGUCAAGCUACGUGCUUCCCCACUUUCAAUUGCUCUAUUGCAGCCAUGUCCCGCAUAUUUAUUUACCGAGAAGUCUAAGGAAAUGGACAAAUUCCGCGCUUGGAAACGGUGGGACGACACAGAAGUUAUUUUAACUGACAAUUCUCACCCCGAACAGAAAAUGAAUCUCAUUGAUCAUGCAGUUAUGACAAAUGAUAUCGAACUUUUACGAUCUCUUCUGAGCAUGGCACGGAAUAUCACAGAUAGAGAUCACCGUCACCGCAAACUGGACUCGGUUCUGAAUCCAUCAUUUCUCUUGGCCCUGAAGUUGGGUCGAAUCGAGUGCCUUUCAAUGAUUGUUGAGAAGAGUGGGGCUGGACUCUUCGCGCAAGGAGACUCAGAAGAAGAGGAUCCGCUUCAUGCUCCACGGACGAAUCAUAACAAGUCGGCCCUCCUAGUAGCUGCUAUGGAGGGAAACCUCGAAGCUACUCGAUGGAUGAUGGGCCCCGAUGCAAUCGAGCAGUACGUGAAGUACAUCAAGGCCCACGGAGACGACCCUCGAGUGUCUGAAUUCGUGAAGUCGGGGGAUGAGAUUGAAAAAUGCGUAAUGAAGUGGCUACAUGGCACCGAUAACUUGGUCCUUCACUGGGCAAUCAAGUCCAAACCAUGCGCGGAAUCGGAGCUCCUCAUUCGAUACUUGAUCAAGCGGUAUCCUGAAUAUAUGGAAACACGGACUCAGGAACUCUAUACGCCCUUGUGUCUUGCCUUUGCCUUUGGCCAAAUUCGAUUCGCCCGUAUCCUUCUCGAUGCCGGAGCAGAUCUAACAGUCAAAGAUAGAAUUGGAAGGAAUUUGCUGCAUCUACUCCUCGUUCGCCCCUACAUGGAUAAAAACGAUACCGAUCAAGUUAUUUGCAAAAGUUCGGCUCUGCUUCUCGGAAUGCUCGAAAUGCUCAAUUCAAAACUCAUUUCGACCAUGCUAACGGAGAGAGAUAAACGUCAACAUCAGACGCCCUUGAUGGAAUGGCUCUCCAGAAGCAGCGAGGCAUAUCUUGGAUAUCCAUCAUUCCCAGGGACUACUACUUGGCCUGAUCCAGAUAGCCAUGAGAGAUUAGAAAUUGUCAAAAUUCUCCUUGACCACGGCGAUCCGAUAAAUCAAGAUCAGCUGGAGAUUUCUGACAAUAAAGGUGAUUUCCCUGUUCAUGUGGCAGUUCGUAAAAAGUUCACUGGUACUGUGAAGCUGCUAUUGGAACAUCGACCAGAUUUAUUGUCAUGGGAAAAUUCGUUUGGCAAGACGGCAUUUGAUCUUGCCAAUGACCAGUGGGCACAUCUUGUUCUUUGCCAACACCACAGUCCCUUGAAAAUCUCAGCGUGGGUCAACCCCCCGUCUGAUAGUCUGGUUGGUCGACAGCCUCUCUCAUCCGUCGCCUCCGAACUCCCCUUGAAGUUUGGUCAAACUAGGUCUCACCAUCAGAAUAUCCUUGAUAAGCUGAACAUGUGUGUGAACCCCAAGAUUAUCAAAUAUCUUUAG